AUGACCUCUGGCUAUAUUCGGCUGGCGCUUUUUUUCGCCAUUUUUGGAGCUGUUAUGGCUAGUGAGUUUUUUAAAAAAAUAAAAAAAAAUAGAAAAAGUUCCGACCGGGGUUUGAACCCUGGAGUGUAAAUUUAUCCCGCGCUGCGCUAACCGUCUGCGCCAUGGCUGCGCUUUUUCCUCCCUGUGCAAAUUGCAGAGACAAUAAAACUAUUUCAGCCUGGUCCAUGAGUUCGUACGCGUGCAACCAGCCUCAACUCUACCAACAAUGCAACUGUCAAUCCUUCUGCGGUAGCUACGUUCCCCAACAAACCUACAGUAACCCAUGUUCCUAUGGUUACGGUAAUUGUGGAAGUUAUCCGCCUCGAAGAAGACAUCAUCAUCGCAGAAGACAUCACAAAAAACCACGUAGAAAAUUCGUCGUGGAUUCGGAUUCGGAUUCUGUAGAAGUUCCAGCGUUGCCACCGCGAAAAUCGAAAAUUAUUUCUGAAGAAGAAGAGGAUGAGGGAUUUAUUGAGCAGACUACUGUAAGAGCGACUACUGUAGCCAGUCAAGAUAGCUCGUGGGAAAAUGAGGUUGGUUUUUUUUGGGGGGAAAAUUUUUUUUUUGAAAAAUUUUGUAAAUAUAAAAAUCAAUAGAUUGCUCAUGUUAAUCCAAAAACUCUGAAUUUAAAAAUUGUUGAGCAUUGCUCAUGCUAGGUCUUUAAGAGCGAAAAUUGCUCAUAUCAACCCAAAAAAAUAAGCUGAAAUAUUUUUUGAUGAAAAAUUCGCCAUUGCUCAUGUUAACUUUGAAAAUUCAGGGUUUUUGAGCAUUGCUCAUGUUAGUUCCAACUUUGUAGAAAAAAUCGUCUCAGAUUAAAAAUUGAGGGAUUGCUCAUGUUAACCCCACAAAUCCGCAUAAUUUGGAGAUUUUUGAAUUUUUAAGCAUUGCUCAUACUAGAACCAAAAAUUGUCCAAAAUUAAAUAUUGCUCAUCUUAAUCCAAAAAAUUGAGCUGAAAUAUUUUUUGAUGAAAAAUUCGCGAUUGCUCAUGUUAACAAAAAACCAGAUAACUUAAAAAUUGUCUACAUUGCUCAUAUUAAACCCAAACCUAUUCCAGGAUCUCUGGGAGAAAAAAUUCGAAAACCGCAAAUCCACCAAAACCAUUGACGACGAAGACGAGUUCCCCGAAAUCGAUAGCGCUGAACUCGAAGCGGCGCAACGUCGCCGAAUCCCAACAGCCGCUCCAGUUCAACCUGGACUUGGCGGAGGUGGAUUGGGUGGAUUAGGAUUGGGAAAUGGUGGAUUGUUUGGGAUUAGCAGUGGUGUUGGAGUUGGAGUUCCGGGUGUUGGACCGAUUGGUGUUUCGUCAGGGCUUGGAAUCGGGAAAUAA